AUGGCUUUGACGGUGGCGAAGAGUGCUUUGGCGACGAUUAGGGAGAAAGGUCUCGGCUGUUUCCUCAGGAUGAUCCGAGAAGAAGGCUUCAUGAGAUGCCUACCAGAUGGAAACCUCUUGCAAACUAAAAUACACAACAUAGGAGCAACACUUGUUGGUGUAGACAAGAUCGGUAACAAAUAUUACCAGAAGCUGGGCGAUACUCAAUACGGUAGACACAGAUGGGUAGAGUAUGCGUCAAAGGAUCGUUACAACGCAUCUCAAGUACCAGCCGAAUGGCACGGAUGGCUUCAUUUCAUCACUGAUCACACUGGAGAUGAGCUCUUGAGCCAGAAACCAAAAAGGUAUGGGCUUGAGCAUAAAGAGAACUUUUCUGGAGAAGGUGAUGCCUACAUUUACCAUUCAAAGGGACAUGCCUUGAACCCGGGUCAAAAGAACUGGACUCGGUACCAACCAUGGGUGCCCACCAAGACCAACUAA